GGGCCGCUGCCGGGAUCGCAUUGUCCCGCCCGCCCUCGUACCGGGACGGCUGCUCCCGCCCCGCUGGGGCAGUGUCGGCAACUUCCUUCAACCGUGCUGCCCGCGGCUCGGAGCCCUGCCGGGCACCCGGGCAGCCGGCUGUGCGCUGACUCCUGGUGAAGAGCUACGGGGUUUUACCGUUUAACGUGUGUGUGGUGGCUGCAGCGGGCUAGCGGGGCCCGCAGGACGCCCUGAGAGCACGCUGCCACUUAGAGAUUCAAGAGUGUUUUAGCAUCUCCUCGGGGUGCUUCCUUCUUUCUUCAAUUGGCUCCAACAAGCAUCAUGAGGUUUCUAAGUGGUUUCACCACACCUUUUGAUGCCUCCGAAGAAGAAGUGCACCCACAAGGCCAGGAAGGCAGAGCUGAUUUUCCUUGAGAAGCCACGGGCAGGACCCAUCCAUUGUUAUGAAGCUCCACUGCAUUUGGCUGAGAAUCCCAGACGUGUGCCUACAAAACCUGUGGAGCUGAACACCUCUGCUGCCUGGGUAUGCCCACAAUUUGACACAACUAAGCCAGUGGUGCGGAAAGCAUGCCAGAAGAAGCCUCGUGGUCCUCACAAGCCCUAUAAUCAGGAUGCUAACCACAGUUCAUUUCAUGCAGAAGCUUGUCGAGGAGCUGUAGCCUGCAGAUUUCCUCCUUUAACUUUUGAGAAUCCAGAAGGACAUGCAGUCCCUCCGCUGGAUGAUCCAAAUUGCUUGAGAAAGAACGCGCAGUGCUCUCCCAACCAGGCUAAGAAAGGCACAGCAGCAAACACCAACAUCCAGGUGAAGAGUCCAGAGAACUGUGGAGAGCUUGCUCCCCAGCCUGUGGAUCAAGAAAUCCCUAGUCCAUCAGAUGCAGACGCUGCACGUGUUCCUUCCCCAAGGAAUGGGAGAUGCAGCAACACUGUAUCCCAAAGCAGUCAUGCCUGGCAUCCAGAAGAAGAGUUGCCGUUGGGUGUUGAUCCCUGUGGGAGAGGGGAGGCGGCAGCAGUACUGGUUACAGACACUCCCGAGCACGAGUACGGCCUCAAGGUCACCUGGAGACGGCGGCCGCACGUAAUGAAGUACCUGCGGCAGCAGGGCAAGCUGAGCGCUGCGGACAUCCUGGUGAAGGCAAACAUGGAGCUCUGGAGGAGGCAGGCGCACACCUGACCCGGCGGGAGCCGCCGCCGCUGCGCGCAGGGACACGCCCGAACAGAGGCCGGCCCUUCGGGGCUCCACAGGGGACGUGAUUCGGACAGGCCCUCUACAGCGCCUGGCAGAGCCUCCGAGAAACGCCGGGGCGGGCGCGGGGGAGGGUCUUGGCGACGGGGAGGGGGGAGGUGGGGUCUUUAGGGGAGGUCUUCAGUGGGGAAGUGUGUUUGGCAGGGCUCCGUGCCCCGCGCGGUUCCCGCCGGGACUGUUCCCCGCUCCCGGCGGAGGCGGCGGGCGGCUCCCGCACCGAGGGACGGGGGCGGCCCUUGCGUUCCGCCGCGCGUGCGCGGCGCCGCGGCCAAUCGGCGGGCGGCGUGCUCGCGGCCCCGGCCAAUGGAGGCGCGCCUCAGUGCCGCGCGCCGUUGCUAAGGGCAGCGGCGGGCGGGGGCCCAUAGCAACGGCGGGGCCGCGAUGGACGGAGCGGGGGGACCCGGCGGUCCCGCCGCCCACAGGUGAGCGGGGCUGGGGCGGCAGCGUCCCCGGGGCCGAGCAGGCCUGGGCCGGGGCUGCCUCUCGUGGCAGCGGCGCCCGGUGCCGGGAUGAGCGGUCGCAGCGGGGCCCGGGCGGGCGGAGUCGCACGGCAGCGGCCACGCGGGUCGGCGCUGCUCCGGUGACACCCGCGUCCCGCUGGCGGGCGGCAGCCGCUCCGCUGCUUUAUGUGCGGGUGUGUUUUAUGUGCUUCGUUCUUCAACGUUGGUGUACAUCAUCUGAAUGCUUUUAGAUUAAACCGGUUUCGUGGUG